AUGACCAGCCUCUCGUUAAUACUGCUGUUUGCUGUUGCGCAGGCACUCGUAUGCCUGGCGUCGCCAAGCUACCAUAUUCUGGAAGUAGAGGAUGAGAAGGAUGUUAUGAGUGAAGACCUGAAAUUGACUGCGGAGGAUAAGAAGAAAGAGGAGGUGGAUAGUUUCAAUGAAGACGAUGUGGAGCUGAAGGCGGAAGAAGUUAAAAAUAUUCUGGUGACCGCAGGUCUCCGAUGUCAUAAAAUCUGUCGUUUCGGCCGGUGCGGGAUGCACUGUAUAAUUUAUUAA